UCCUGCAGUGUUCUCCGCUGUUAAUAAAGCCAUUAAAGUGCAUCGGCGACGUGAGUCUCUCCUUCCCCACAACAAGCGGCAUUACAGUAUUGACCAGUGCACACCAGGAAAUAAACGGUGUCAUUUCUUACAGGCAUUGGCUGGACAGCUAUGUAGUGGGGCUUGUUUAACCUUUGCCUUGUGGGCAAGCAGGAAGGAGAGACGAUGCUGAGAGAUGUGUGUGUUCUGAGCUGCUGUCUGGUGGCCGCGUUCAAUAAAUAAAGUUGGCAGAAGCAACAGGAGAAGUUUCCUUCUUUGCUUCGGAGCUGAAUAACACUGACAAGUUAACAGACUAGUAGCGAACGGAAAAGAAGACGGCUUUGUUUGUGUCGAAUACAGAAGAUGAGGACUUUGAUGGAUUUGUGGAUGAGGAUUGAUGAAAAAUAACCCGCCCGUGAAAACAGCAGCACUAACCCCAAGAGAAGGCCUCAGCUUUACCCGAACAAAGACAAAGACAUGUUCUUUAUGGCCAUCAUCUUCAUCUUCGUAGUGCAGCUGGUUGGUGGCAUCACGGUCUUCUUAAACCGUGACAAAGUAAGCUCCGGUAUCCAAUGUUCACUUUCUGAUUUAAAGUGACGGUGUUUGGCUCAAACGUCUUUCAUGUGCUGUUGCCCGUUUUAGCUCUACAAGAAGCACUUCACGAAGCAACUGGCAGAUAAGUCGCUAAUCUCGACUCUGCCAAUAGUACACUGGCACAGGCAUGGAAGCAAACCAUGAGCGGUUUUCAGUGCUGUGGAGUGAACGGCCCAGACGAUUUGAAGAUGACAGCCUCGGGGGUUGUGACCUAUCCCAAAGCCUGCUGCAGUAGCAGCGGAGGCCAAUGCAAGGUCCCAGACCACACUAAGGGCUGCUAUGAAAAAGUCCUUUCCGUCUAUGAAACGUACCCCUUUAUCGGGGCAGCGCUGGUCAUUGUGCUCCUGGUCGUUGAGCUCUCUGCCAUGUUCCUUGCUGUGAUGCUCUACCGGGAAAUCUAGCAGCAGCUCCCAUCUGUGAAGUUUUUCGAGGAGGAAAUGCAGGCAGAAAGACGAUCAUCGAUCGACAUUCGUUGCAUUGAAUGUGUUGUCUAUUUAAUGAUCGGUGGGGGAACACGUGAAAUUCUUAAGCUGUCAUAGUUCACAGCUGGACUUGUGAGGCACUGGGUAACAAAGUAAAACACAAUUGGAGGUAAAAAUGCUGAGCUCAGUGCAAACGUAUCAUUUGUGGACCAGGUCUUGUAGAUUGGGGGAAACGUAGACCUGACAUGAGGACCAGCCUAAGAAGGCACUGCACUGACUUUUGGAAUUUAAGAAAAAUGUGCUCACAUGUUAUACACGUUUUUAUGUAUGCUUUGCCUGUUACUCGUUCCCUUUAAUGCUGUAUAUUGUUUAGUAAUAAUCUUUUCCCUUUAAUAUUGUAUAUUGUACAAAAAAAAAUCUUUCUUUGAUAUGCCUUUUUCACAGCCACUUUUUUAUGAUGUUUAUCUCUGUAGCUAAGUGGUUGCAGUUCUCACGUGUAAGCUUUAUGGAUCUUCAAGGACCUCCCUGAGCUUGAAAGACAACUCAUUUUAUUUUGUGUUGGUAUGGUGGCGCUUACUGCAGCAGCGUUACUGUUAUGAAGGUAUACCAUGGUAUAAAUGAAAACACCCCGGUUGGAAAACCACGAAAAUUUGUCAUCAUGCCGUUUGUGUGAUAUGAGAGAAAGUGGAGGUCGUGUUUCCUAAGCAGCCCGGAACUGGGCAUACAUAAAAACGUGUGAAGGAAGCCAAAACUAAAUAUUUAUCAAACAUCAUUUCUAGCAAUAGCCAUCACCCCAGAGUGUUAUUUAGCACCAUUAAUUCUGUUAUUAACCCUGUCACUGCUGUUUUUAAUGAUGUUUCUGAACGCACAUGUAGUACAUUUCAACAAUUUUUAUGGACAAGGUUGCAACAGUCAGACAAUCCAUCCCAAAGGUCUCAUCUGCUAGUCUGCCCGACUCCCCUGUAAAGCACAUUUUUGAGAACUUUGAGCCAAUCACCACUUCUCUUCUUAAAAAAUCAGUCCAACAGUUAAACCCCACCAACUGCCCUCGAGACGUUCUCCCUGCAAGGAUAAUGAAGGAGGUUCUAGAUACCAUUGGUCCCACCCUUGUUCUGUUUAUGAACAGCUGCUUCAGGCUGAGUAUUGUCCCCACUGCCCUUAAGCAAGCUGUAGUUAGACCACUUCUUAAAAAAAUGAAUCUAGACCCAUCAAGUCUAUCCAACUUCCAUCCAAUCUC